GCUUCACACCGUGGAUGGAUGGAGUGCCAUGGGUGAGAUGGCGGACCUGCUUCACUCCCUUUGGACGGGGACCGCUCGGGAUGCUGUUGGCAGUCUGCUUAUGGAAUUGGCUCGGUACCACCCACAGGCAACCGCGUAUGCCACUUGGGACGAGCGGCUUAGCCUCGUCUACGAGGAGUUCACAGACUUUUGCCGGCGCCACGGCCUGCGGCCUUCUUCAGUGGACGGGCUUA